CUGUUUCCUUCGUGCUUUUGCUCUCUUGCGCGAAUUUUGUCGCACGAUAUCGGAGCAAAAGCCUCUCAAAAUUCCUUCGACUCUAAUUUGUUGACAUCUCGAGUCGCACUUAGCGAUAGAAUUAGCGUUCUAAUCUCGUUACUUUGACCUAGCCGUUUCUUGCCACGCCAAGACGCGCCGCUGACUAAGCUUUGUGCGUAUACCUAAGUAGCUUGCGACUAAUUCACAGGACGUAGUUAUUGUUUCCGAGUAACAAUUCAUUCUGGACUUCCAAGUUGUCGUUCUAGGUAGAGAGGUCCUGGCAGGAAGGUCAUUUUCGCGCGUAGUGGAUUCUUGUCAUGUCGUAACCCUAGCUUCGCGAGCAUGACCUGUGCGAGUGAGCGAAGGGUCCUCGUAGUUCGCUCAGCUCUGCGAGUGAUGUUCGUUCACGACCCGUCGCAGGAGGACGAUAGACCGAAACCAUGCUCGCAAGCUGCCUUGCGACAAUGCGUGUCGCCACGGAGCUGCGACGGGCCAGGCGACGAGCCUGCGACGGUCGCGUGUGACAGUACCGAUCGCACAGUACCGAGCGACCAAGAGCAUGCUGUCGCAGGCGAAGAGCUUGACGCAUUGGAAGCGGGUCACUCGGGGAAAGACGCCCCAUUGGCGACAGAGUUGCCCACAGGCGCGGAUAAGCAACUCGCGCGUGUUCCCGAGCCGGUUGCGCAACAGUCGCCGCCCCCCAACUCCCCGCUUCCCCCGCUAGUAGAGGCCCAGCCCGCCGCGGACCGCUCAGAGCUAUCACGGAAAGAGCGCGAGAAGGGAGCGGAUGAAGCAGGGCCGAUUCCCUGUGGGACGCCCCAUCCGCUAUCCGGUUCCCCCGAUCCCGCCUGCCAACGCGCUGACGUCAGUCCGACCAAGGGGGCGGGACAGCAAGGCCCUUCCGCGCAGUCCGCGCAGCACCUCCCGCAUUCGCUGCCCGGGCAGGCGCAGCUGCAGUCGCACCCGGUCGCGGAGCAGAUCGCAAGCCAGUCGCAGAUCCCUUCGGCGACACAACAGGAGCACGCGCAACAGGAACAGCAGCAGCAGCAGCAGCAGCAGCAGCCGCGGCGGGGGUUUAUGGAGGCGAUGUCAGAGCAGAUUGGGGUAGACAUGGCGGGCUUUUCUCACUGGCAACCCUUCGCCGCACCCAUCCCGCCCCCCGCUUCCGCGCAAAGCGCAAGCCUUGUCACUCCGCCGCCCUUCGCGGGAUCCGCGGGAAAUGUGGGCAGGAUGGGGAGCCUCGCGCUGAGUAACAUCUUCGCGCUGCCCUCGUCCGCCCCCGCUGGUGCGCUCCCCCUGUCCGAUCCCGCCAAUGCGCUCCCCCAGACGGGGAAGAGGCGCGGGCGACCGCGGAAGUCGAAUUCCCCCGCGACUGGUAAGGCGGAAGGAGGCCGCGCAGAAGGGGGGAGCGCGGGGGUCGUGGAGAGGCGGAUCACCCGCGGGGUGGCCGCGCGGAUGAGUCUCCAGAAGCAGUUUGAGGGGGGCGCGGAAGAGGAGGGGGAAGGCGUGGGGAAGGAGGGGGGGGCGAGGGGAAGGAAGAGACGGGUAGCGGAAGCUGCUGCUGUGAGGAGGUCUGAGAGGCUGAGUAGAAAGAGGGGAGGAUGGGAAAGUGAGGAGGAGGAGGAGGAGGAGGACGAGGAAGGAGAGGAAGGAGAAGAAGUGGAGGAGGAAGGGGAGGAAGGGGAGGAAGGGGAGGAAGGGGAGGAAGGGGAGGAAGGGGAGGAAGGGGAGGAAGGGGAGGAGGAGGAGGAAGCGGAGGAAGGAGAAGAGAACGGGGGGGAAGGGCAAGAGGACGAGGACGGGGAGGAAGAGGAGGAGGGGUGGGGUGAGGAAGGAGAGGAAGGGGAGGAGGAUGCAGGGGAGGGGCAAGAGGCGGAAGACUGGGAGGAGGGGGGAGGGGGAGAGGAGGCGGGCGACCAAGACGUGGGAGAGGAAGCACACGAGGAGGAAGGGGUGGAGGGGGAGAGAGCUGAAGAUGCUGGCAUUGUUGAGGAUGAGGGUGUGGGCCCCACUGGUGUUGCACCUGAGGGCGAGGGAGGGGGCGUACAAACCCAGGCUGUGGCAGGGCCAGGUGGAGCUGAGGCGGGUUUUACUGGGGCAGGUUCAACUGAGGAUGGAGGUGUGAUUCUCGGGCAUUCUUUUGAGGCUGGGGGGGGGGAGGAAGAGGAGGGAGCAGAGGAAGUAGUGGAGGUGGGAGGAAGGGCGUUGGUGGGAGCGGAAACAGAGGGGGUAGUGGCGGAGGGAGGAGGUUCAAUGGAUUUGGGAGGCGCAGGGGUACUGGAACAGGCAGGCAUGGAGGCAGGUGGGGAGGGGGAAGGGGAGGGCGAGGCGGAGGGAGGGGUGCAACUGGCAGUGGUUGAGGGUUUAAACAUCCCCCAUACAGAAGUUGCGAUAGGUGCUGCUGACAGGGCUUUAAUGGGGGAUGUGGUGGGUGGCUUUGGGGGGGACGGCGAGCAGGAUGACGUCAUCAUGAUGGAGGCGGAGGGAGGAACCGAUGCCACUAAGCAUGGUGAUAGUAACGAGGGGGCUUGCCUGGCGCUCGUUACUGUGGAGAACACACUCCAGGAAAAUGGCAUAGAGCAUAUGCUAGAGAACACCGCAGAGCUUGCCGUAGCAGAAGCAGGAGCAAUGGCAGAGGGGGGAGCAGAAGGAAACAGACGCCUGGGAGAAGCUGAGUGUGGUGAGCUGGCGCUGGCAGGGAAUCCCUGGGAGGGCGCAGAUGAGGAGGCAAGUGAGGAGGCAGAAGAGGAGAAAUGGACGGUUUGGGGAUUCGAUUUCCGGUUUGAUCUCAAGUCAAGGGAGCAGGAGGCAGAGUACUACCGCCAGUUUAUGGCUCACAUGACGUCAGCAGGAGGGGUUGAGGGCUUCAGCCUGCUCUUCCCGGGCUCGGCUGCUGGCCGCAACAUCAACCUCUGGAGAAGAAGGUUUAUCAGGGCCAAUCCGCACCUGAUUCUGGGCUGGGAUAAUGUGCGCCAGCAGGAGUUGAACCCGGGUCUUCUGGGAGCGGGGCUGGCAGGGCCAGGUGCUGAGGCCACACCAGAGAAAGCACAGAUCUCCUGGGCUGUUGAUGGUGCUGAGAUCUUGGGGGGGGAAUCAGGGAAGGGGGAGUCAGGGAGGGGGGAACCAACCACCCACACGCCCGUGCUCUUUGAAUCACUGAGGUUGGUGGAGGGGGGUAUGCGGUCCGGCACGCCAGGGCUGCCACGCACGCCAGGGCUACCAGGCACACCCGGACUGCCAGGGACGGCUGGGGUAUCAGGGACUCCUGGGCUAUCAGGGGCGCUUGGGGGAUCAGCGGUGUAUGGCCCCUCUGGCAAGAAGAAGCAGUACAUGUGCCGCAAGUGCGGCGCCCCCAAGAAAGGGCACGUCUGCAUGGCCGACCCUGCAGCCGCUGCUGCCUUUGCCGCUGCUUCGGCUGCCGAUGACGCCGCCUAUGCUGCUGCUAUAGAGGCGGAGGAGAUGGAAGCAGUGGCUGAUGCUGAGGCAGCAGCACGAGAAGCAGCAGCAGCAGCAGCUAGGGAGGCCGCCAGGAGGGAAGGAGAAGCGCGGGAGGCGCUGAGAAGAGACGCAGCAGCGCGGGAGGCAGAGGCGAGAGAGCAGGCGAUGUGGGAGGAGAGGGCGAGGAGGGAGAGUGCUGCGAGGGAGAGAGAGAUCCGGGCGGCUGCUCGAGCAGAGGCAGAAAGGAGGAAGGAGAGGGAAGAGGCGGAGGCAAAGGCACGGGCGGAAGAGAGGGCGAAGGAGGAGGCGGACGGUGCGGGGAGGGCAGAGAGGGAAGGGAAAACGAAGGCUGCGAUUAUCAAGAGGAGGCGUGCUGAGGUGGAGGCAAAGGCGAAGGCUGCUGCUGCCGAGGCAGAGGCGAAAGGGAAGGCUGAAACGGAGAAGGUUAGAGCAGAUAGAGAAGCCAAGGAAACGGCAGCGGCGGAGAAAGCUGAAGUGGCUAAGGCGAAGGCUGCUGCAGAGGCAGAGGCGAAGGGGAAGGCUGAAGCGGAGGAGAGGAGAAUGGAGGCUGAGAGGCGGGCUGAAGCGGAUAGAGAGGCGAAGAAGAAGGCUGAAGCCGAGGAGAGAAGAAUGGAGGCUGAGAGAAAGGUUGCAGCAGAGAGAGAAGCAAAGGAAAGGGCGGACGCGGAGAGAGCAGCAAGAGAAAGGGCUGAAGCGGAGAAGGCUAGAGCAGAUAGAGAGGCCAAGGAAAAGGCAGAGGCGGAGAAAGCUAAGGUGGAAACGGAGAGAAGGUCUCGACGAGUGCGGGAAGCGAAGGAGAGAAUAGAGGCAGAAGCGACGGCUAAGGAUGAUGUAGAAAAGACCAGAGCCGAGGCAGAGAGGAGGGCUGAAGAGGAGAAAGCUCGAGCAGAGAGAGAAGCCAAAGACAAGGCAGAGGCGGAAGCGAAGGUGAGAGACGAGGCAGAGAAGGGUAGAGUAGAGGCGGAGAGGAGGGCUGAAGCAGAGAGGGAGGAGAGGGAGAAGGCAGAGGCGAAAGGAAGGGCAGAAAUGCGGAGAGCGAAGAGGGAAGCAAAGGAGAAGGCAGGAGUGGAGAAAGCUAGAGAAGAUGCAGAAGCAGAGCGAAGGAGAAGAACAGAUUGCGGUGAGGCGAAAUUGGGAUGUGGGAUAGAGGUGCCAAGGGCUGUACACAGGCAGCCGGAGGCAGCAGGGAAGGGAAGGGGAGAAACGAUUCUGAAAGUUCGGUUUGGAAGUAGGGUGGUUGCCCGUGUAGAGGCAGGAGUAAAGAGAAGAGAGGAGGGGAGUGAGGGAUGCGUGGACAACGAGGAGGGUGGGGAGGAGUACAGGGAGGAAGGGGAGGCGGAUAAACAAACGGAGAAAGGAGGGAACGACGGAGGGGAAGUAGACAGAGGGAGUGAAAUGGAAGUGAAGGGGCAGCAGAGGCUAGAUAGGCGUGAUAGGCUGGGUGGUGAUGCGAAAGGUGGAGCGAUGGAAAGGAAUGAGGGGGGAGGGGGUGUGAUGGAGGUCAAGGAACAGCAGAGGAGAGAUGACCAGGUUGUAUAUGCGGAAGUUGGAGGGUUAGGGGGCAACGAGGGGGGAAGGAUUAAGGAUGGGGAGAUGGAUGAUGGAGGGAAGGGCAGAAAGCGGAAGGAGAUCGACGUGAAAGGGAAUGCGAAGGAUGAGGAUGGGGAAAGUGAUAAGAGGAGAGAUAGGCGGGAUGAGGAUUCGAAAAAGGAAGACGAAAUCGAGUGGAUAAAAGAGGAGCGUGAGGAGGGUGAGUCGCGCGGGUAUGCGGAGGUGGAGGAGGAUGAGUCAGAGGGGUGUGUGGCGGUGGAGGAGGGUGGAUUGAGCGGGGGUGCAGGUGAGGAAGAGGAUUCAAAAUGGUAUGUGGAGGUGGAGGUGGUAGUGGACGAUACACGCCACACGUCCGGGCCUGUCGAUACUGCUGUUGCAGCCAACAGCAUUGAUGCUAACAAGUCGGCAGCUGAAGGCAUUGCAGACCGGACCAGAUUUGAUGAGACUCCUGCUGCUGCUGGUUCUGCUGCUGCUGGUUCUGCUGCUGCCCCGCCUCAAGAAGCCUUACAAGGGGCAAUUACCCCUACCAAAGAACCCCCGCCUGCUAAAUCAGUCUGCCCUGCCCCGGCCAUGUCCCCUGCCGUAGCACAACCGCGUUCUGUGGAGUCUGUUGCUGCGCCUCCCAUACCUGAGCCCGCAGGUGCAUCUGAACCCACACCAUCUGCACCAGGUGAAACAACAGAGAACUCUCCUGAUGCCCCAGGUGCAGCUCAAUCUUCAGGUGCCCCUUCAGGUGACCCCACCAACGCCACCACAACCCUCUCCUCGCCCCCCUACCCCGGCCCGACCAAUGUCACGCUGACAACUGUCCCCAAGAACGUGAAAUCCCUCCUCGAAUCUGGCCUACUGGAAGGCAUCCCCCUGGUGUACGACGACGGGCGUAACCGGCUGCGCGGCGUGGUAACCAGGGGGGCCGUGGCGUGCGGGUGUGCCGAGUGCGGGUGGAGAAAUAUAGUCCCGUGCGCCGCCUUUGAGCUGCAUGCGGGGAGUGCGGCCAAGAAAGCAGCCAACUACACGUUCCUGGACGUGCCGUGUGCUGCGAGUGAGUGUGAGCGGGAGGGCCGGACCAUGUCAGCUGCUGAAGCGGCGAGCCUCCGAGGGCCGUGCCUGAAGGAUAUUAUUCUGGUUGCCGGACGUGCUGCCGAGCCUGGCGCUGCUUCGACGGCGGUGGAACGGGAGAUGAGGCGGGCGUCUCCUGGGGUGAUCCCAAGGUCGCCCAUAGGAGCUGUGUGGUCGCCUUAUAGUGGCGGCAAGGCUGCAGCCGGGGGAGGGCUAUCUGCUGGUGCAGGGAUGGCUGGGGGAGGUGGAACUGGCGGUGCUGGGGGGAGUGUGAGUGAGGGGCAAGUGCGGAAGCAGCAGGGCUACACGCCGGUGAGGAAGAGGGAGUCGGGGUCAACGCACAAGGCACUGUUCCGACCAGGCGGGAUAGAGGAUGGCACAGGGCUAGGCUAUUACAUGAAGGGGCAGUGCCUGCUGAAAGGAGUCAAGCAGGGCAGCGGCAUUCUUUGCAGCUGCUGCAACGAAGUGAUCAGCAGCUCUCAGUUCGAGGCGCACGCUGGGAAGGGAGCGCACCGCAACCCCUACAACCGCAUAUUCACCACCCAGGGCUACAGCCUGCACGACCUGGCAGUCCAGCUGGCCGCCUCCCGCCCACCGUGCACGCCUGCUGCUUCUGCUGCCGGCUCUGCUGGGAGGAAAUCAGCCAGCAAGCGCGGCGCCGCAGGAGGAGAGGCCCGCGACUCCCGCGAGUCGAGCCCGCGCGUGCACCUGGGCAUGGGCGCGGACGGGCACUCGGACGACUGCAUCAUGUGCGGCGACGGGGGCGUUCUGCUGCUCUGCGAGAGCUGCCCUGGGGCGUACCACCCUGACUGCGUGGGCCUGCUUGCUAUCCCCGAUCAAGACUGGUACUGCCCCACUUGCAAGCCCUCUACUGCUUUCUCCCGCCACCUGGCCCCGCUCCCCCCGAAGAGCGCCGGGGGAGGGUGCGUCUUGUGCCACUCAGGGUCGCACGACUUUGUCCCGUCGGGGUUUGGCCCGCGGACCAUCAUAUUCUGCGAUCAGUGCGAGAAGGAGUACCACGUGGGGUGCUUGAAGGAGCAUGGGGUGCAGGAUCUGCUGCAGUUGCCCGAGGGGAAUUGGUUUUGUUGCAAGGCGUGUGAGGAGGUGUAUGAUGCGCUGCAGGCCGUGCUGGCACGGGGCACCAUGCACCUGCCAGACCUCCCGGAUUGGGAUGAAAUGGCCGAGCCGCACCUGCUGGAGCCAGAAUUGAUUCAGCCUGUACCAGCACCAGCAGUACUGGCUUUGCCACCAGCAGCAGCAGAAGCAGCAGCAGCAUCAGCAGCGACACUGCAGCCGCAUAUUCGGGCUAUUGCCACGCCUGGCCCACUUGCCACUCCUGUCUCUCACGCCUCGCCCCUCCCUCCGGGCAGCACGCCGCCCAGCCAGCACAGCAGUGCGUGCCGAUUGGAGCUGCCUCAAAGCACACCUCAGCAGGGCGGGAGUGCAUCCCAGGCUCGGGCAACAACGUUUGACACCACUCCAAUCAUGUCCCAGGCCCGGGCGGCGACCUUUGACCCGACGCCCAACUCGUCGCAGGCUCGGGCGGCGCAGAGCAGGGCCCGGGGCGGCGAGCUGACGUGGCAGGUGCUGAAGGGGCGGCGGGGUUCGGAAGCCAACGGACUGACGCUGGGCGGCGUAUGUCAGCUGUUUGCGGAGUCGUUUGACCCGAUUAGAGAUGGGCUCACGGGGAAGGACCUCAUCCCCCUCAUGGUCCGCAGUCGCAGCAGCCGGGAGCAUGAGUUUCAGGGCAUGUUCUGCACCGUGCUCAAGCACCGCGACCGCGUGGUGUGUGCCGCAUGCAUCCGCAUCUUCGGGCGGGAGCUCGCCGAGAUGCCCCUCGUCGCCACGGCCUACUCGCACAGACGGAGGGGCCUCUGCAAGAUUCUGCUCAACUCACUCGAUGUUCUCUUCUCCCUCCUGGGCGUCAAAAACUUUUGCCUGCCCGCUGCCCCGGGUGCAGAGGGCACGUGGAUAAAAGGGUUUGGCUUUUCAGUGAUGACUGAGGAAGAGGUCACUCAGGUGCAUCGGGAUUUCCCGCUCCUCGUCUUCCCCGGAUCUGUCAGCGUGGUUCGGCAGGUCCCGAGCCUGCCCCGGAAUUACCGCCAGGCGGCCGAGCUUCAGGUGUUUGGUGCGGUUGGGGUGGCGCCUUUGCCGCACUUGGAGUCCCUCCCCCCGUUAUUGUCACACUCGAUACAAGACAAGUUGCCAGAGAAGAAACAAGCAGAGGAAGAGAAGCCUCGGGGUGAAAAGGGUAUGGGGGAAGGAGGAAUGAAGCAAGAACAGGCAGGAAGUGGGGCAGCAGCGUCGGCAUUAGAGGGUGCUGCUGCUGUUGCCGCUCUUACUGCUGCUCCUGCUCCUGCUCCUGCUUCUGCUGCUGCUGCUCCUGAUGCUGAUGCUGCUGCUCCUGCUCCUGCUGCUGUUGCUGCUGCUGCUGCAGCAGCAGCUGGUACUGCUGCUGCUGCUGGUGCAUCGGCUCCUGCUCCUGAUGCCAUUGAGUCUGCCACUGGAGCCGUGUUACAUUCAGCUAAGGAGGAGGACGGUGCAGGGGAUGCAGAGAAGGGAGCAAAGGCAACGCAGGGCAUAAGGGCAGCUGCAGUUGCUACAGCAGGAGUGGCAGUGGGGCCUGCUAUUAACAGUGCUGUUGUGACAGCUGCUGCAGGGGAGGCAGAGGUGGUUAGGCAAGCAGGCGUGGUGACAGCAGGGGAUAGUGCACAGAGUGUGAUGCUGACAGCAGGGGAUGGUGCUGCGAAUGUGGUGGUGACGGCUGAUGCUGAGGAAGCAGUGGUGGUUAGGGAAGCAGGGUUGGUGAGAGCAGGAGAUGGUGCUGAGAGUGUGGUGGUGAUUGGUGGUGAAACAGAAGCAGAGGUCGUUAGGCAAGCAGCGGUGGUGAGAGCAGGAGAUGAUGCUGAGAGUGUGGUGGUGAUUGGUGGUGAAACAGAAGCAGAGGUCGUUAGGCAAGCAGCGGUGGUGAGAGCAGGAGAUGGUGCUGAGAGUGUGGUGAUGAUUGGUGGUGAAACAGAAGCAGAGGUCGUUAGGCAAGCAGCGGUGGUGAGAGCAGGAGAUGGUGCUGAGAGUGUGGUGAUGAUUGGUGGUGAAACAGAAGCAGAGGUCGUUAGGCAAGCAGCGGUGGUGAGAGCAGGAGAUGGUGCUGAGAGUGUGGUGGUGACGGCUGGUGCAGGGGAAGUCGAGGUCUUGGUUGAAGCCAAGGAGCGGAGGCAGAGAGAGGAACAGGCAACAUGUCAGGGGCAAGCAGAGGGUGAUGUUGUGACGCAAGCAUUUAGAAAUGCUGUCAGAGGCACGGUGGAAGGGCAUGAGCAUGAGAGGCCAGGGGGCGAUGCUGGGGGAAGCGACGAUGGAGGAGAAAAGAAGAGAAGAGUGGAUGAAAGGGGGGAGAAACAAAGAGGAGGAGAAGAGGAGAGAGGAGAAGAGGAGAGAGGAGAAGAGGAAGAGAGUGAGGUUGAGGUGGUGGAGGAGGAAGUCAGUGGGGAGGCAAGGGAGAGGGGUGAGGCAGAGGGGGAGAGGGGUGGCGCAGAUUGGGUGGCUCUGAACGGGGACUCGGAACAGCAGGGCUGGGUGGCUUGUGCGAGCUGGGAGGAAGUGACAGAGCCAGAGAAGCGAGAGGAGGACGACGAGGGGGGCGAGGAGGACGAGGAGGAAGAGGAGGGAGCGGAGGCAGACGAGGAGAUGGUGAUUGGGAAGUUGCAAGGGCGUGGGGUUGAGACUUGGAGGCGUGGGAAGGAGAGGAAGAACGGGAGGGUGGGGGGGCAGCAGGAACCCCUUCUUUUUGUUGUGGCGGUUCCAGAGAAGGACUAUGAUGCUUCGGUGUGGGAUGUUGGUGGUGACGGGGAGAAGGAGAAUUGGGGGAGUGGUGAGGGGAAGGCGGAGGAGGGGCGAGACGUUUUUGACGGGCAGGAGGAGGGAGAGAGAGGGAGGAAGAGGCGGCGAGUGGCGUUUGCUUGUGACACCCUGGGGAGUGAUGUGAAUAGUGCUAGUGCAUAUGAUGUGAAGCGAGAAAUACUGGCUGUUGAUUCUUGCAGCUCUGCUGCGCGCACGCGACCACGCCACCAUGCACCCGAACCCUUGAACCACCAUGCACACGACCCUUCCCACUCCUACGGCAUUCCAAACCCAGACAAACCACUCCAUCCUGAGGUGCUCGUUGACUCCUCUCACAACCCAUCCCAUCCACCCCCUCCCCAGCCAUCCCAACCGCCUGACUCGUGUCAUUCUCCCCAUCGACCUUCACCCACCCAGCAAUCACCCACCCAGCAACCACCCACCCAGCAAUCACCCACCCAGCAACCACCCACCCAGCAAUCACCCACCGCAGGCCUCUCACCCUGUCAGAACCCCCUACCUUUGACCCGGGCCAACGGUGGGCACCAUGAUUCACCAGGCGUGGAAGGACACACCUUCCCCAUCUGCCUCGCCUUGCCUGCCCAAUUUGCUGCUGUUGUAGCUGCCAAAGCUGCCGCUGCUGCCAAAGCUGCUGCUGCUGCCAGUGCGAUUCUUGGCGCUGCCACUGCUGCUUCUGGUGCCAGUAGUGAUGAUGGCAGGGCGAGCAUUAAGUAUGUGAGAAAGCGCAAGGCAGCGGACACUGCUGGUGCUGGCGCUGCUGCUGCUGCUGCUGCUGCUGCUGCUGCUGCAGGCGCUGGCGCUGGUGCUGCUGCUGCUGCUGCUGCUGCUGCUGGCGCUGGCGCUGGCGCUGGCGCUGGCGCUGGUGCGGGCGUUGCAUCCUCUGAGCAGGUGAUUUUUGAGUCGACUCAAAAAUCCUCUGAGCAGGCGAGGAGCCAGCAGCAGGAGGAGCAGGCAGUGGGAAGUGCUGCUGGUGCUUGCGGCGCAUCGACGCACGAGCAGGAAGAGAAAACGGGAGAAGUCGAACGAAGGAUGCAGAAUGGGCAGGAAAAGGAGCAGGCAAGAAGACAGCAGCAGGAAGAGGAGCAGGCAGUGGGAAGAAGUGCUGCUGCUGCUGCUGGUGCUGGCGGCGCUGCUGGUGGUGGUGAUGCACCCACGCACGAGCAGGCAGGGGAGUAUGGAGAAGCAAAGCGACCAAGAUGGGGCAGAGCUGAUGAGGAGCAGACAAGAGACGAGCAGCGGGAAGUGCAGGGAAGGCGAGGAGGACAGGGGCAGCAGGAGGAGGGAAAGAAGGGGAAGAAGUGGCAGCAGGGGGAGAAAGAGGAGCAGUCGAAGCACGUUGAAGCUUAUCUUUCCAAUCCGACAGUGGAGGAAAAGGGGGCGGUUCUGCUGUCUGGCAAGAGACGGAGGGGAGGGACGGCAAGACGGAAAAGAGUUGGUGGCUGGGGCGCCGUGCUUGGGUUCGGGAGGGGCACGUGGGAGGGGGGAAUAGAACACGUAGAGGAUAACAAGGAUAACGUAGAGGAUAAGCUUCUAGAGGGUAAACGCAUUGAAGUGGGGUCUGAAGCUGAACGUGAGGAGGAGGGGAGCGUACCUGAGCAUGCUGAGGAUAACAAGGAAGCUGAGUUAAAUAAGGCUCCGAAAGUCGUGGCGAGGGCUGGAGAGGGUAGAGAGGGAAGAUUCUCGGUUUUUAGCAGCGGAGCAAAGGGGAGGAGUGACUGCAUUCCUUGGAUGGUGCACAGCCUACUGGCGAAGAGUGGGACACACAAAAGGAAGCGGAGGAGCGCUGCUGAGGAGGAGGAGGAGGGGGAAAAGGAGGAGGAAAAGGAGGAGGAAAAGGAGGAGGGAUGGGAGGAGGAGCAUAGAGAGCUGAGUGCGGGGGAUAAAGGAAGGAAGAGGCCGGGUUUGUCUGCUGGAGGGAGUCAAGGGAUGAGAGGUGUCAGGGCGAGGAAGGGGCAAGGUGGCAGGGGUGGUGUGGAAGAGGAGAAGGGCGACACGGAAGUUGAGGUGACAGGGGGAAUCGGGGCUCAGGGGGAGCAUGAGAUGGUUUUUGAUGAAGUGGUAGAGGGGAGUGGCGGAGAGGAGGGGCAGGGUGGGGACGAGGGAGUGGUUAGCAUGAGUGAAGAUAGGAGAGAGAAGAGUGAGGGAGAGAGUGCAGGGGGGAAGGGAGAGGAAUGGUUGGAGAGAAAGCAGACAGGGCUGGACCUCUUGAUGAGGCGAACCAGUGCCAUUGAGGGGAAGAGUGAUAAGGACGGUAGGAAUGAAAAGGAGGGGAAGGACAGAGGUAAAGGGGUGCGGGUGGGUGGUAAAGGGAGGAGGGACACGGUUUCCACAGGAGAGGAGGAGGUGUGUGCGAAGGGGGGUAGCGAUAGUGACGGUGUGAUCCGGAUGAGAAGCACAGAGGAGGUGACAAACGCUGCCAUGCGGUGCGCCUUUGAGGCGCCUCGAACGCGACGCACAGGGGAGGUGGCGAGUGCUGCUGCCUUUGAGGGGCCUCAUACGCGACGCACGGGGGAGGUGGCGAAUGCUGCUCUGCGGUGUGGGCGGGGGGAGGGUGCGGAUGGGCGCAGCAGGCGGGGAAGAGGGCGGCAAAGGGGAGGAGAGAGUAGUGAAGGCGACGAGGAAUCGAGUGAUGAGGGUGAGACUGGUGAGGGGGGCGAGGAAGAGUUGCAGGAGGAGGAAGGAGAAGGAGAGGAAGUGGACGAGUCGCAGGACGAAGAAGAAGAGGAGGAGGAGGAUGUGUAUGAGCCUGAGGGGAAAAGCGAUAGGCUGGGGAAGGGAAGGGGGAGGGGCAGAGGGCGGGGCAGGGGGAGGGGCAGCAGUAGGGGCAGGAGAAAAGAGAGUGAACGAAGGAGAGUGGGUACUGCAAGUAUGGCGGAAUCGAGUGGUGGAAACAGUAUUGAUGAGGGUGGGGAGGAGGAGAGUGAUGAGGGUGGGGAGGAAGAGAGUGAGUCUGGGGAAGGGGAAGUAUCAGAGGGGGGAGAAGAUCUGUAUGAGCCCGAGGACAAGCGAUAUGGGGUGGGACGGGGAAGGGGGAGGGGUAGAGGGCAGGGCAGAGGGCGGGGCAGAGGCAGAGGGAGAGGCGGAGGAAGGGGUAGGGUGCUGGAGGGGACUGAUGACUCUGACAGUGACUCUCUCGAGGGAGGGGACGUGGAAGGUGCAGCGGGGCCCGGGGAGGAGAGCGGGGAGGAAAGGGGGGAGAGUGGGGGUGGGGGUGGUGGAGGGAGAGGAGCAGGGGGAGGGAGAGAGGCAGGGGUUGGAGGCGGGAGAGGCAGGGGAAGAGGGCAGGGGGUCGGGAACGGACGGGGGCCAGGAAGAGGGCGAGGCAGGGGCAUGGUUGCAUUAUUGUCAGUUAGGGGGGGGUAUAGGCAGCAGGUUAUGGUUAUGGGGGAAAAUGGCAAGAUGCAGCUGAGAAAGAUGGAUUGACUAUCAAGAUUGCGUCAGUUAACCGAAAUUCCAGCUCAUUUUAUUGUUUCGCUUUUAGGUGAAGGAAUACCAGUAUUUGGAAUGACAAACGAGGAUUUCACAACUUUAGGAGAGGGGAUACGUUAAAUUUAAGAUAUAUAUAUUUUAAGACAGUAUAAUUCAAGAGCAUUUGG